CUCAAAAAGCAUUCUCCCCCACAAAGUUCUAAACAUGCUUCGGCAUUAGUUGAUUCAAGUGCUUCGGAAAAUUCAUUUAAAUUUUUUUGGGUCCAAACGUAAAAUGAUAUUUCAGGUGGAUUAGUUUGGGGUAAAUAUUUGUUCAUAAUUGGGUUAAAACAAUCAAUGUGUCCAAACACAACAGAGCUGAUCUCUAGCUUGGCCUUUACCAUAACACCCCUAAUCUCUCUCUCUCGAUCAGAUAUAAAAGAGCUGUGAAUUGGAGUUCGAAAGAUGCCUGCACAGAAAAUCGAGACAGGUCAUGAGGAUGCACUCCAUGAUGUUGCCAUGGAUUAUUAUGGAAAACGAUUGGCGACUGCUUCAUCUGAUACUACCAUUAAGAUCAUUGGCAUAACUGGAUCUAGUUCACAGCAACUUGCUGUUCUACAUGGCCAUAAAGGACCUGUUUGGGGGGUUGCUUGGGCACAUCCCAAGUUUGGAUCAAUCCUUGCAUCGUGUUCUUACGAUGGCCAGGUGAUAAUCUGGAAGGAAAAUAAUCAAAACGAGUGGCUGCAGGCCCAUGUUUUUAAUGAUCAUAAGUCAUCUGUGAACUCCAUUGCAUGGGCACCCCAUGAGCUUGGCCUCUGUUUGGCCUGCGGGUCUUCUGAUGGGAAUAUAUCAGUCUUUACUGCUAGGGAUGAUGGUAGUUGGGAUACCACCAGGAUAGAGCAAGCUCACCCUGUUGGAGUAACCUCAGUCUCGUGGGCACCAUCAACCGCACUCGGUGCUUUCAUUGGAUCUGGUCUACUGGAUCCUGUUCAGAAGCUGGCCUCUGGUGGAUGUGACAACAUGGUCAAAGUAUGGAGGCUGUAUAAUGGGAGUUGGAAGAUGGACUACAGCCCUGCCCUCCAGAUGCACACUGAUUGGGUGCGGGAUGUUGCUUGGGCACCCAACUUGGGGCUCCCAAAAUGCACGAUUGCAAGUGCUUCUCAGGAUGGGAAAGUUAUUAUAUGGACUUGCGGUAAAGAAGGGGAGCAAUGGAAGGGUACGAUUUUGAAGGAUUUCAAGACCCCAGUUUGGAGGAUCUCAUGGUCGCUGACUGGAAACUUAUUGUCUGUUGCUGAUGCCAAUAACAAUGUCACAUUGUGGAAAGAAACGGUUGAUGAUGAGUGGCAAGAAGUGAAUGCUAUUGAGCCAUGAAGUUCUUUUUGUUUAUCCUCUUUUCUAUUUUCUCUCUCUAUUAAUAAUUUUUUUAGGUCCCCUCUGUUUCAAGUCCCUCGGUAUACUUGCAUUGGAUAGUUAUUGGGUUUUGUUGGAAAUGCUGAGUUGAAAGACAGAAUAGAUGAUUAAUCAUAUGACGUUUCCCUCCAAUGAAAUCUUAUCCAUUGUGGCAUCAUUUUUAA